AUGCGCUGGGAGAAGUUUGGCACCGAUCAAUACAUGAAAGCCGUCGAGAUAGCAGAGCACUGGACGUGGCUAGAACCUGCAAUCCACAAGAUCAUGGCCGGAGGCAAAUCAGUAGAUGCGGCAAGGACGGAGGUAGUGAGCCUCUACCUCGUUAAGCUGCACGGAAGUUGGUCGGUCAAUCCCAACGAGGCCACAAGGUGCACCAGCCUUCUCAAGCGGCUGGAUCAGAUGCGGAGAGGAGGGUUUGACCUGAUCCUAGGUGCUCGUACAGCGGGACUGGAUGCGAUUUUAAGAUCCCUGCCGAGGACAUUCAGCCCAGUGCAGUUGCGCAAGUGGUAUGGGCUCUACGAACCGGCGAUCCAGGACAUCAAACGCAGGACCACCGAGCCACACGACUUCACCACUUGGUCGACACGGUGGAAGUUUAUCAGGGAGGCGGAGGCAUUCGCCGCGAAACCCGGCCAGCCAGAGUUUGACCUACUCAAGACAGCAAGCAGCAGCGGCCACCUCAUCGCGCUCGCGGAAUAUAGGUACGGUGGAUUCGACAAGCUCAACAAGUGGCGCUUCAUCCACCAUAGGGUGGAGGGACCUGCCGGGCGUCAUUAA